AAUUCUCCACAUAAUAGAAACACGAUCAUACUACAGUAUUUUCUUUAUAACCAUUUCUUCGUGUGACAUCGAGAAAUAUUUAUAUAUUAUAACUGUAUUAACCUAACAAUAUGAUAUUCCAUUUGCAGAGGUGAAUAUGUCGAAGCAACGAUAAAUUAUCGUGUGGAAAGUGUGUAAGACAUGGGGUCUGCGGCAAGUUCAAGGAAGAGUCGGCCAGCCGAUAAAUUUGAAAAAGUUGAACCAGUCCCAGAUUCUGCAGGAGCAGCUACAGAAAGCAACAACAAAACAGAUGGGUCUCCUGGAAAACCACAAUCGGCUGAUUCAACCAAUCCUGCAGAAAGUGAAACUGUUCAAACUGCCGUAGGUACACUUGGAGGAAUUUCCGAUGGCUCUUCGAGACCUAUGGAUGACAUAUCAGAUGCUCUGCUUGUUGAUUUUGCAGAUGUAAAGUUGAAACGACAGGACCACAAGAUACGCGACAAGAUCGAACAGUGUCUCAUUCCUGUUAAAGAGAGUAUCCGAUACAUUCGGGAGUGCAACGAAUUUAACUGUACCUUAUGCAACAAACAUAUGAGGGAUAUCAACUUAUUUUCUCGUGACUCUAACAAUAGCCUCACAGCAACGGCAAACGCAAUCGGCGUUGACACAGACCAUUGCAAAAUGUUUACCUAUACCUGGACAAAGGGAACAAAGAUACAGGAGAUUGAAAAUGCGCAACCGAGUGAAGAACUUCCAUCCGAAAUCAAAGAGAUUUUUACCUUUUACAUGGACCUCCUAGGCUCGACCUGGAAUUUCACCGACAAGUCUGACUUCUUCUGCUUGCAACUUGAGGAAGAUGGAUGUCUCUCCGUCAUUGUCGACUGGCUUUUACACCUAGGUGAGAAGGGGUGUGCGAUGAACAAGUGGGUUGAAGAUAUGGUCUUCGACGCAAUGAACAUUUUGGAAAACGCAUGUAGGAGACUACCCGCAUUGGCACCUAGGCAUCACCGCGCGGUUCCUGGUAUUCAGAAGGUUUGCGAAUCAACGGACAGUCUGACGCAGACAGUUGCGUUUAUGACUUUAGCAAGGCUAGUGAAGAAAGAAGAAGCAGACAAGCUGUCCACGAAUUAUGAAUGCAUCGUAUCGCUACUGUCUCUCUUGGAGAAGUGCCUGUCGGAUCCAAAACACAAGACGAAGGUCACACGGCGGACCUCGAAGAAGCGUUCUUCAACUGUGAUAAGUCUGAAGGCAGUCGAGCUCCUCCAGUCUGUAGAGGAACUGGCUAUUAACGACAACAACAAGCAGCUCAUUGUAGCCAAAGGGGGAAUUCCAAUUCUUGGGAAACUACUCGAACCAAAGUGUUCGAAGGAGGAGAAGACAUCUGCAGCCAACACAAUCUGGAGACUUGCAUUUCUGAAGGAAAAUAAAGAGAAACUCCGCAAAGAACAAUCUAUUAUUUACAAUGUGACUGAGAAUUCCCAAAGUGAGCACGAAAAUCUCCGUACAGCCUGCAUGGGAGCUCUCUUCGAAAUUUACGAAUCCAGACUUCCCGAAAGCCUAAAGAACAGGAAAACAGCUGACGAGUCACCGCAGAUGGCGCCAGUGGACACUGCAAAAUCAACUGGACACAUCAUGCUCAGCUACAAAUGGGAACACCCGUCCAAACCUGUGAUGAGAGAGUUCAAGAAGGAGCUUCGAAAUAGAGGGUACACCGUAUGGAUGGAUGAGGACCAUAUGAUGGGUGAUAAAAUCGGUGCCAUGUCCGAAGCGGUUGAGAAUGCGGACAUGGUGAUAGCCUGCAUUACACGUGGCUACCAAGACAGCCAAGACUGCAGAACAGAAGCGUCCUACGCAUAUGAAUGCAAGAAAAAGAUCAUUCCGGUGAAAGUGGCGGACGACUUCAAAGCUUCUGGCUGGCUAGGGGGUAUUACUGCAGGGAAGAUAUACUACAUCGUGCAAAAACCCGAGCUCGUCUCAAAGAUACUACCUAGCAUUAUAGAAAAGGAGUUCACAGCGCAGAGAGAUAUCGUUCAGAAUACAAUAGCUGUUACGCCAGGUCUUCCACCGCCAGACCAGGAACUGAAGCCGCCUCAAUUAGUUUCUCAAGUACCCGGAUGGGACGCUAAGAGGGUCCAGGAUUGGCUAGCAGAAAACAACGUCACGACACGAAACAAGGCACUGAAAGCGUUCAAUGGAGUCCAGUUGCUACAGCUUAAGAAACAACUGUCUACAGCGCCCCCAACUUUCUAUCAGUGUAUGAAAGAUGAUCUUAAGGUUCCAUACCCCGAUGUCCUUUCGCUUGCAGCUGCACUGGAGAAUCUUGAUUAGUCACGUGGUAUUUGCCGUGAAGGGUCACCUGAUAAGAGCAUGGCGAAUCGCGUCUUAUUUUAGUAAUAACCUGGCGAGCCCAAACAGACAUGGAAAUACUGUUAUAAUAGGUUUUAUUUUGUCAGACUACGCCUCACGAAUAUUCAUAGACACGAAAUGUAAAGAUAUAGACUAUCGAAGCGAUGACGUCAGCUACCAUGGUGUCAUGGCGACCAGGUUCUAAACAAAUGAAUUCCCCCGAAUGAAAGCGUGUGUUUCUCAUUGGAGAAAAGGGCUGCUAUCAGAAUUUGAUCACUUGCAACCUAUUUUUCAGACGAGCCAAAGUGUACAGACGACCGUCAGCUGCGACUCUGUUUAGAACCAGCCCGCCAUGACACCAUGGCAACUGACGUGACACUUCCGUUUUCUAUAGCGUAAUUUCCGACGCAGCGAUUGGUGUGGUGCGAUCACUGCAGUCAAACCAUUGACGAAGGUUACAGUCUCGCCUUGAACGAUUUUUGUUCAAACACAUAAAUUGAGGCAAGACUCUGAAAAAGUAUAAAGUGCACGAUUUGAGGUCUUAUUCAAAGCCUUAAAAAAUAGAGUUUCGGCUUCCCUAUGUUACGGGAAAGAAGGCGCUGGCGGAUCCAAGAGGGCGGAGGGGAGCGCAUGUGACCUGGUGAAUAUGGGGUACACGCAGACACCAUUAUGAAUGGCAAUAUACCCUUCCAUUUCAUAAUGGCAUCACAAUCUCAUGGCGGCAUCCCUUUGGCGAUAAAGGAAUACGCGUAAACGGAAUUGGGUAAAGAUGGGGCUUUAUCAAGACC